AGGAUAUGUGGCUGCUGUUACUGCUGCCAGUGUUCGUGGCGGCAGCAGCAAUGCGAGAACUCGUCUAUGUCGGCCAAGUCUAUCAAAAGCCGCUAUCACAAAAGACGGUGGUCAGCGCUGCGGGUGGUUUACCAGCAUGGUUACUCGUCCGCGAUGGGGUCUUGCAGGGGAUCCCAACCAAAGAGGAUUUGGGGAAACAUAUACUCAAGAUCUCAACACAAUCAAAGCCGGUGUCGGUACUUGAACUAAUCGUCAAGGAAGACAAUCGUAAUCCAUGCGGAAGUGAGGACACCUACUGGGUCGAAGCGCUCUAUGAAGAAGAUGGGCCGGUUGAGGAUCGCCUUGAUGCCGCCUUGGAUGUGGCUGAAGCUUUGAAGGUUGACGUCUCUGAACUAAAGGUUUUAUCCUAUAACUAUUCCCGAACGAUCCGAAGCGUAGAAGCUAUAGGUGGUGAUGAAGUGGCAGCAUAUACUGUAAUGAAAAAGGUAGCCUGUGGGGAUGAUCUUGAAACAGCAGCCAGCGAAAUGGAUGCAUUCCUCACAGCUGUAGAAAGUAUUGAAUACGACUAUGUAGUGCUCACUAAAGGUCGCGUUAUUUCAAGUGAGGAUAAGGUUGAAGCUGAAACAUCUACCCAAACCGCCAGCAAGUUGUCGACGACCACUGAAGUCACAACAUCGAGGACGACACGUAAAGUGGACAACCCGCCAGUGAAGUUAAACUCGCUGUCAGGAUUUACUUGCGUGCGCGGUGUCUACUGUGAGAUGACAAUACCGGAAAGCACAUUCAAAGAUGUGGAAGACGGUGAUACAUUCAAACUUCGCCUAUCCGUACAGCCAUUGGGCAACAAGGAAUCCUGGUUAUUCUACGAUCACAAGAAGGUCAAAGGCGUCCCGUUUGAAGAGGGGGAGUUCGAGUAUCGACUUGAAGCCAGGGACAAGGCUGGACAGAUGGCGUCAGCACCGUUCAAAGUAUCCGUCACUCCCUCAUUUCCCUUCAAUCAUCUCGUGUCUCUGGAGUUGGAUACACCAUUUUCACGCCUUACAAAACCGUCGUCACUGUCCGCUUUGGCCCAACAAAUUGCGCAUGCUUUCCGUUCGAAUCCUGACGCAAUCACCAUCCGGAAUAUUACCGGAAAUGCUACGAAGAGUCUGGUUAUCUGGAGCAACAACACUGUACCGCAUAAGACAUGCGCUCAUCCAGCUCUCGACAGCAUUCGUCACACAAUGCUUACUCGACAACGUUCUACAACGAAAAUCGAGUUCGUCAAGCAAGUCGGCUCACAGUUCCACGUUCGUAAGGCUUCGAUGGAGCUGACCGGCAGCUGUUUGGACAAGGAAGUGGAGCCAGUCUCUACGGCGCCCACUAUGGAAGCAGCCGACCAAGCUGCAUUCCCAUGGACCGUCUUCUUCGGAGUGCUCAUUCUUGUUCUUCUUCUUACUAUCUUGAUUGUGGCUGUAUGCAGUGCUAUGAGGAAAAACAAGAAAAAGGAAAAGCCAUCCGACUACAUGGGCAAAGGAAUGCCAGUAGUGUUUCCUGAAGAAGUGGCUGAAGAUGUUGAGAUGGCACAUGCUGCUACACCUAUGCUUACUAAGGAAGAGCGACCGCCUCUGAAGGUAUCCCAGCAUGAAAAUCCUCUGUACAAGCCACCACCACCUUUGGCUGCCGCUUCACCCCGAGUAGGGUCCGCUGCCACCGUUCCGAACCAAAGGAUGCCGCCCACUUAUGUUCCACCGUAAUUUUCGUUAGAGAAGUAGAAACGAACUGUAUGGACAGAUUUCGAUACGGUUCGAGUUGGCAAACCACGCCCCUAUCGGCUCGUACGAGUUUGUUCCACGAACGUUGUUGUUAUAUUCGAAUUCUCAGGACGCCAGCUUUCUGAUGGACUCGAAACUUCCCCUCUCCAUUUCUCCUAUCAAAAAGAAAUUCUCGUUACCUCUAUCUUUCCUAGUGUAUUGCUACAUUUUUCACUUCCAGUUUUCCCAUAUCGAUCGGUUUUAUCGAUCGAUUAUAGUUAUGUUGAUCCACUCCCAUACGCAGCUUUCUCUCCCUCGUUUCUGUGUUCAUUAUACAGCCAGCCUCGAUGAAGGCGCAUAUCCCCUUUCUGAUCUACGCACAUAUACUGCACAGUAAAAUACACAUCAUCUACAGUAUGCCUAGUCGUGGUUGGCACUCACACAUGGGUAUCGAUUUAUUGAUUUAUUGAUUGAGUUUUCUUCGUUUUUCUUUCUUGAAUUGCAUGCUCCCUAGCCCGCGCUGCUCCCCAUCGCCACACUGCUGCAAAUGCCUAUUUAUCUACCGUACACGUAUCGUAUUGCCCUACGUCAGUGAUUUACAACCGAGUUCAUUCAAUGAUUUAUUGAUUGUUAUUGCUGAUUCAAUGAUGUACGAUUGAUUUAUUGAUUGAUCACAUUUGUGUACAUAAUGAAAGUUGGUUAUAUCU